AUGGAGCAUAAAAAUCGAAUCUAUACACCCCACUCAAAUCAGCAAUUUGCAUGCAAUCACCAUUGCAAACCGGAAUCGAUGAUUGGUAUGACCUUGAGCGGGUCGCUUCACAUCCUUGGCGUAGUGAAUUCUGUGACUUGUCUCGAAAAUGAAAGAGUGGUGUAUAAAGCAUUCGAUUCGAGGACCCAGCUUUGGUAUGCAGUGAAAGCUCUCAACAAAACAUCGGCGCGUCUACGCGUACAUAAAGAGUCUAUUUGCGUCCAUGAUAAAGUAUCUGCUCACCCAAAUAUAAUUCCCCUUAUUAAGAUAGUUGACUCCGACCGCUAUCUUUAUACUGUCAUGCCUUACUACCCGGAAGGCGGCCUUUUCGACAGUAUUACGCAGUCAAGGAGGACUUUUGACGAUGAUUCCAUUCGCAACACCUUUCUUCAGCUUCUGGAUGCUGUAGAACACUGUCACCGCCUCAGAGUUUACCACCUGGAUCUCAAGCCUGAGCAUAUUCUGGUCUCUGGUAAUCAAAUUUUACUGGCUGGUUUUAGUCUGUCAAGAACGGAAGAGAUAGCAGGCUAUUUAGGAAGCAAAUUUUACGCUAAAAACCGGCUUGCACUUUUCACAGACGCGUCAUAUAGAUGUGCUCCUCAUGAUAUAUGGUCGCUAGGUGUUAUCCUAGUAAACUUGACCUGCGGUCGCAAUCCGUGGAAAGAAGCAACUUUCGAUGACCCCACGUAUGUUGCCUUUAUGAACGACCGUAACUUUCUCAGGACCACUUUACCGCUAUCAGAAGAAGCAAAUUCUAUAUUGUGUCAAAUCUUCGAUCGUGAUCCAUCCACGCGGAUCAGUAUUCAGGAGCUUAAGCACGAAGUCUCUCAGUGCCCUUCUUUCAGGACUGAGCUGCCCUACUCACAUCAUGUUUCGAACACUUGA